AUGAAGGUUACCACGAUUCUCGCCGCACUCCUGCCUGCGCUGGCUCUUGCCCAGACAGACAGCACCACCACCAUCACUUCCACCGCUACCCAGACCAAGACCGUCACCCUCUCGCGCGUCCACACCACUACCAUGACCUACGGCACCGGCAACAGCACUGCGACUGUCAAGCCUACCGGCUCCGGAGCCUCCGUCAUUGCCACCGCUACCUCUGCUGCCCCCGCUGCCACUUCUUCCAAGGCCAGCGCCGGCUCAAAUGUCAACGUCGACAGCCUUGCCUUUGCCGGUGUUGCUGGCAUGAUCGCCGCUGCUUUCUUGUAA